UCUACACAUGUUAUGGAAGGUUGAAAAUUAUUAUUUAUAAGAUGAAAGAUGUGAAAAUAAUUCUAAAUAAAUUUAAAAAUGCAUUAUGAUACAUGUGAUUAUGAGAUUAAUUCUACUAAGAUGCGUAAUAAUCACAAGUUCCAGCACUUUCGUAAUCAACACCUCUUUCAAGGAACCGAGGAAUCGUCAUAUAAAUCCGUUAAAUAUCCAAUUUAAAACGCAGUAUGGUAAGAGGCCGCAUGGAACAAGCUCAAUUAAGAGGUAUGGAGGUACUUAUGUCCAGGAAUUAACAAGAGAAAGGUGUAAGCUAUACAAGAGUAAAGUUCUAAGAGAUGCCAGGAUGUUAUUUGUCACAAACCUUGACGUAGAAAUCACUCCAGACGCCCUCGAUAACUUUUUUCAGUAUAUUUACGGACCUUUAACUAGUAAAACGAGACUAGUUUUAGAUGAAACCACAGGACGUCACAAAGGGUAUGGAUACGUGAAGUUUUCAACACCGGAUAUCGCAACAAGGACACUGUUAACACUUAAUGGCACAAGAUUAGGUGACAAACACGUUCAUUUCAGUGAGGUGUUAUAUGAACUUACUGAUGACUGGAAUAAGAAGAAAAAAGCUAAAGAACAAGUUCGCAAAUUCAGCGGCAAAGAUAGUUACAGAGUAGCCUUUACAACCGAUUAAUUUAACACUUAAGAUGUUUAAUCGUAAUUUCUACACCUUCCAUUACAAGUUUAUUCCAUAAUUCCACGUCUACAAUGAUUUAACAGGGUAAAAAAUACCGCUGGUAUUGAUUAUAUGAGUUUUAAGACC